GGAGACUCGCCCCGCGCAGCGGGAGGCCGGGGGCGGGCCGGGACCCGCCAGCGAGCGCAGCGGCGGCUUGUCUCCAGCGUCCCGCGCGGCUCUCAGGCGUCCGGGUGGCCGCAGGGGAGUCGCGCUACGCGCGGGGCGGGGCGAGGGCGGCGCCGGCAGGUAACCCCCGGGGGCGGGGAGACCGCGCGGGACCCCCAGACCAAAAAGCCCAGGGGGAGGAGCAGUGCGGCCGUGCGCAAGGGCGCCGAGCUCGCUCCGCGCGGCGUAGCGUCCCGCCUCGGGGGAGGAAAGGGGGCUCCGACCCCCGCCCUCAGAGCCGACGCAGAGCUUCGGAGGAGACUUCGUCGUCCCCGUCCUGGGUCCCGUGCAUCCAGAGCGCCCAGAGCGCCCCGGAGCAGGGCAGCGAACCGCGCCAUGCUGGAGGGCGACAUCGGUCUCGAGGGGCUGUCCCCCAAGAAAGCCCCUGAAGCCCAGGCCGCCGGGGCCGUGGAUGGGGAGGGCGCGCCGCCCGGCGGUCCCAGUGAACAGGCGGCCACGAUGAGGGUCAACGAGAAGUACUCGACGCUCCCGGCCGAGGACCGCAGCGUCCACAUCAUCAACAUCUGCGCCAUCGAGGACAUCGGCUACCUGCCGUCCGAGGGCACGCUACUGAACUCCCUGUCAGUGGACCCAGACGCCGAGUGCAAGUACGGCCUGUACUUCCGGGACGGCCGGCGCAAGGUGGACUACAUCCUGGUGUACCACCACAAGAGGCCCGCGGGCGGCAGGACGCUGGCCAGGCGGGCCCAGGUCAGCGACACCGCCCUGGGGGCUCGCAGCCUGAAGCAGGAGCACCCGCUGCCUGGCACGGGGGGCCGGGUGGACGUGGCCUCGGCCGGGCUGCCCGCGGACUGCUGCGAGGACGACAAGCACUUCCGCCGGGAGGAGUACGAGGGCAACCUGCGGGAGGCCGGCUUGGAGCUGGAGCACCAUGAGGACACGAAAAUCCAUGUUGGCUUUGUGAAAAUCCACGCCCCCUGGAAUGUGCUCUGCAGGGAGGCUGAGUUUUUGAAACUGAAGAUGCCGACUAAGAAGAUGUAUCACAUAAGCGAGACCCGCGGCCUCCUGAAAACCAUCAACUCCGUCCUGCAGAAGGUCACGGCCCCCAUCCAGCCCAAGGUGGCCGAGCACAGGCCCCAGACCAUGAAGAGACUCUCCUACCCCUUCUCUCGGGAGAAGCAGCACCUAUUCGACCUGUCUGAUAAGGAUUCCUUUUUCGACAGCAAAACCCGAAGCUCCAUAGUCUAUGAAAUUCUGAGAAGAACGACGUGUACCAAGGCCAAGUACGGCAUGGGGCAAGGAGAGGGAAGAAAGAAGGACUCUGCCCUUCUAAGUAAAAGGCGGAAAUGUGGGAAGUACGGCAUCACCAGCCUGCUGGCCAACGGCGUGUACUCGGCCGCGUACCCACUGCACGACGGGGACUACGAAGGGGAAAGUGUCCAGCUCAACGACAGAAAGCUUCUGUACGAGGAGUGGGCGAGCUAUGGGGUCUUCUAUAAGUACCAGCCCAUCGACCUGGUCAGGAAGUACUUUGGGGAGAAGAUCGGCCUGUACUUCGCCUGGCUGGGCGCCUACACCCAGAUGCUCAUUCCCGCCUCCGUGGUGGGCGUCAUCGUCUUCCUCUAUGGCUGCGCCACGGUGGACGAGAACAUCCCCAGCAUGGAGAUGUGCGACCAGAGACACAACAUCACCAUGUGCCCGCUCUGCGACCGGACCUGCAGCUACUGGAGGAUGAGCUCGGCCUGCGCCACCGCCCGCGCCAGCCACCUCUUCGACAACCCGGCCACCGUCUUCUUCUCCGUCUUCAUGGCCCUCUGGGCCGCCACCUUCAUGGAGUACUGGAAGCGGAAGCAGAUGCGGCUCAACUACCGCUGGGACCUCACGGGCUUCGAGGAGGAGGAGGAGGCCGUCAAGGAUCAUCCCAGAGCCGAGUAUGAAGCCAGGGUCUUGGAGAAGUCGCUGAGGAAGGAGUCCAAGAACAAGGAGAAGCGCCGGCAUGUUCCGGAGGAAUCACCAAACAAAUGGAAGCAGAGGGUUAAGACGGCCAUGGCAGGGGUGAUACUGACAGACAAGGUGAAGCUCACCUGGAGAGACCGGUUCCCGGCCUACUUCACCAACCUGGUCUCCAUCAUCUUCAUGAUCGCGGUGACGUUCGCCAUUGUCCUCGGCGUCAUCAUCUACAGAAUCUCCACAGCUGCGGCCCUGGCCAUGAACUCCUCCCCCUCUGUGCGGUCCAACAUCCGGGUCACUGUCACGGCCACUGCGGUCAUCAUCAACCUGGUGGUCAUCAUCCUGCUGGACGAGGUCUAUGGCUGCAUAGCCAGGUGGCUCACCACCAUCGAGGUCCCCAAGACGGAGAAGAGCUUCGAGGAGAGGCUGACCUUCAAGGCCUUCCUGCUCAAGUUCGUCAACUCCUACACGCCCAUCUUCUACGUGGCCUUCUUCAAGGGCCGGUUUGUGGGACGCCCGGGCGACUACGUGUACAUCUUCCGCUCUUUCCGAAUGGAAGAGUGUGCCCCGGGCGGCUGCCUGAUGGAGCUGUGCAUCCAGCUGAGCAUCAUCAUGCUGGGGAAGCAGUUGAUCCAGAACAACCUGUUCGAGAUCGGCAUCCCGAAAAUGAAGAAGUUCAUCCGCUACCUGAAGCUGCGGCGGCAGAGCACCUCGGCCCACGAGGAGCACGUGAAGAGGAAGCAGCGCUACGAGGCCGACUACCACCUGGAGCCCUUCGCCGGCCUCACCCCCGAGUACAUGGAGAUGAUCAUCCAGUUCGGCUUCGUCACCCUGUUCGUUGCGUCCUUCCCACUGGCCCCGCUGUUUGCCCUGCUGAACAACAUCAUCGAGAUCCGCCUGGAUGCCAAGAAGUUUGUCACCGAGCUCCGGAGACCGGUGGCCGUCAGAGCCAAAGACAUCGGAAUCUGGUACAACAUCCUCCGAGGCGUCGGGAAGCUGGCCGUCAUUAUCAACGCCUUCGUGAUCUCCUUCACGUCUGACUUCAUCCCACGCCUGGUGUACCUCUACACGUACAGCCAGAAUGGGACCAUGCACGGCUUCGUCAACCACACCCUCUCCUUCUUCAACGUCAGUGACUUCCAGAACGGCACGGCCCCCAGCGACCCGCUGGACCUGGGCUACGAGGUGCAGAUCUGCAGGUACAAGGAUUACCGUGAGCCCCCCUGGUCCGAACACAAGUACGACGUCUCCAAGGACUUCUGGGCCGUGCUGGCUGCCCGGCUGGCCUUUGUCAUCGUCUUCCAGAACCUGGUCAUGUUCAUGAGCGACUUUGUGGACUGGGUCAUCCCAGACAUCCCCAAGGACAUCAGCCAGCAGGUCCACAAGGAGAAGGUGCUCAUGGUGGAGCUGUUCAUGAGGGAGGAGCAGGGCAAGCAGCAGCUGCUGGACACGUGGAUGGAGAAGGACCACGAGGGGAGGCGCCCAGGAACCACCACGGUGCCAAGCCCCGCCGGGAGGGCGACCAAGGGCACCGCGGGGGCGUGCUGUAGCUUCCCGCCGAGGGCACCCUGCCCCCGCCGGGGCCCGCGGCUCCCGGGACCCUGGAGGACCACUUUCUGAUGGGACAUUUUUCUUCCUUCUUUCUGUUUUUCUCCUGUUUUUGCACAAAACCAUUAUGCAGGGAAUUUUUUUAUCUUUAGUCUUCAAGGUGGAUCAACGUGAUAGCUGGUGGUGGGCAGCACCCGUGCCAGGGCUGGAGCUCCGCAGAGCGCUCAGUGGCGCCGGUGGGGUGAGAGCAGAGGUCCCGAAAGCCUCCGGUUCCUCUGACCGUGGCACACACACGUGGCAGCCGGCCAGCGCUGGUGCCCGUCUCGGGAGAGCGCAGCGCCGAGAAGGCUGUGGCGCAGCUGGGGAAGGGGGCGCCGCCCAAGUGUGGGAGAAGCCAGAGGACCUGAACCCUCCGUCCCUUCCGCAAACUCGGAAGCUGAUGCUCUCGCUCAGGGUGCUGGCCACACGGGGGCGCGCGCUCCCCUCGGUCCUGCGCAGGUGUCCCUGAGCCCAGCAGCACCCCUGCACCCUGGCGCUGAGCUGACCUCAGUUGAUGGCCCUUUUGUGAAAUGAGACCAGGUGGAGGGAGCUGGGCAGGGAAGAGCCCCUCGAAGGCCUUUCUGAAGGAGGUGCAAGGGCCUCACCAAGUCCUGAGGCUCUGACGUCCACUCGAAGCGUAAGAAUGCUUCUUGGUUUUGUUUAGUUUUUUAAGACUAAACUGGAGGAUGUGGUAGACUGGAGGAUUUUUUUUCUGUAGUUCAAGGUGGAAGGAGUUUAUUAUUUAACCAAAUAUCAUUGAGAGGAAUUUAAAAUACUGUUACUACCAAAGAUUUUUAUUAAUAAAGGCUUCUAUUUUGGUAACACUUCUCUAUAUUUGUACUCACAGGAAUGUCACUGCUGGACAAUUAUCAUUUCAAAAGUUUGUAGAAAAAAGUCUCCUAAAGGAUAUGAGUGAUCUCAAUGUGUAGCGGUUAUACUAACCAAUUAUCUGAAAUUUCUCAAGCACCAAGGAAACAAAAAGAAACGUUUCCUGGAAGCCAGGGAGAAAACCUUCACCGUGCGUCUAGGUCUCGUCCGGGCCUGAUGCCCACAUUGCUCUCGUUGACUGGCGGUCGGAGCCCACAGAGGGCGCAGGUCUUCAUUGUUUGCUAAAAUCAUGCAAUCUGAUGCUUCUAUUUUCUCUUGUACAGUGAGUAGUUUCAAAUGGGGUUUUUGUAUAUAAAUAUUGUAUUAAAAAUUAGUUGACUAUCAAAAUUCCUUUAUGGAAAACAUUUUUUAAAAAAACCAGAAUGUACACAAAUCCUCGAGGACUGUGGCUGAACAUUCAUUUAAAUAAAUUUGAAAACACAA